AGAAGUAAUCACUGAAAACAAAUUUUAAACAGUUAAAUACUAAGUACCAUUGGUACAACACAAAUGCACCUCUUUCUAUUAAAAAUAUGAAUAUUUUACUGUUUUAAAAAAUCCUUAAAAGUCCCAGUAGUGCCAACAAUAGAAAUUGGAUGGUUGAAUUCUCUAUUUUCUCCAUACAUGAGUCUGAAAUUGUAAAGCCGCUGUUGACCAGUGUUUGACUGAACCCCUCCCUCCAGAUGUUGCUCGUGUCCGGGAUUAAAGCUCAAUUCACCCGUGUGUGAGUCCUGUUUCCUCUCUGGAGCAUGCAGCAAGACACUUGCCACCCAGCCGCAGCCAGAUGUGCAUUGGCCAAAGGUUGAUGAGGGGCAGGUUGGCUCCGCCCUCUUAUCCAGAUGUGCGUCUGCCUCCAGGCUCCUCAGUCUACCGCUGGCCUUAGCAGAGGGAAGUUCACAGAGGAGCACACAGGACCACUAAACGUCCCGGGCUGAGCCCUGCCUGCAGCUGUGCUCCUGGGCCCCCACCGUCAGACCCGAGCUCAUAUCCUGGAUAUUCACCUGCGCGGCGCAGAGCUGAUGGAGAGGGUUAGUGCUGAGAGCACAGACGGUCCAGGGAGCUGCUGAACACGUUCUGCUGAAAAAAAGGGAAAAAAGGGGGAGCGGUCUGCGCAACCGGUGUGAUUUCCUAAGCUUUUUGAAGUGAUCGACGGGCUUUUGCGUUUACUGCAGGGGAAAGACGCCGUCAGGGACGUGGGAUGCGUUCCAGGCGCAAUGGGAAUGUGAGUGAUUUCCACAUGCGUCUUUGCGCGCCGUGAGGUUGCACCCCAACCUCGAGAAGAGCUAACUGCAGGGGCGCGUGGUUAAUUGAAAUCGAUCCAGUGGUUCCUUUUUGGAUGUGAGGCGGGCAGCAGCGGUUGUCUCUCCUCUCCUCCCCCUUUCCUCUCACCUCCAACAUGACUUCACUGUCAGGGACUAAGGAGAGGAGCAGCCGGAGCAGAAAACAUGCGAUGUCUGACACAUCUCCAACAAAAUCUGCAUCUUUUUUCCCGGACACAUGGUACCGCAAGACCUAUGAGGAAACCACCCGCUCUGGCACACGCCCUGCCCCAGAGGGUGCUGGCUCCAUGCCUAGCUCCACUGGAACCCCGUCUCCAGGCUCGGGGAUCUCAUCACCGGGAUCCUUCUCUGGAUCUCCAGGAACCAUUUCUCCAGGGAUUGGCACAGGAUCACCGGGGUCUCUUGGCGGCUCCCCUGGUUUUGGUACGGGAUCGCCGGCCUCAGGCAGUGGGAGUUCUCCAGGGAGUGAAAGAAUGAUAUGGUGUGAGAACUGCAAUGCUCGGCUGAUGGAGCUGAAGCGACAGGCUCUGAAACUGCUCAUUCCUGGGCCCUUCUCCAGCAAGGAUCCUUCAUUCUCACUCCUCCUCCACGACAAGCUUCAGGUGCCCAACAGUUCUCGGCGAGCGUGGAACGAACGUGACAGUCGCUGCGAUGUCUGCGCCACACAUCUCACUCAACUCAAACAGGAGGCUGUGCGCAUAGUCCUCACUCUUGACCAGUGGGAUUUGUCUCCCACCUCCUCCCCCCCAGCACCAAUUGGGCGAUACGGCUCUCAUGGAGCUCCAGGAAGUCUUGGAUCUCGGGAAUGGCCCGGUGCAUUUCUCCCAUCUGCUGCCGUUUCUGCUGCUGCUCAAUAUCCUCCCCACUCGUCUUUCUCUUCAAGCCCAUGCCAGACCACAACACCUAGCCCAAGCCAUGGACUGUCAAACUCUAACCAUGGGAGUCCCUUAGCAGGGCAAACAUCCAGUCCUGCUCCAGCAGUCCCACAAUCCCAAGGAGCAGGGCACAGACUGGGGUCUAAGCCCAGCUCUCUUGGUCUUGGAGGGGCUGCAGAUAGACGAAAUUCUGGGUCUCCCAAUUCAGCAAAAGCGGGCGUUGCCUCACAGCAACCAGCAACAACAACUAAUAGCCUAGUGAAUAGCAGUGGCAUCAGCAGUAACAAUGGGAACGGAACAGUUGUUAGUUCAUCGACUCUGCAGGCGCAUCCUCGAACUAAUGGAGGUGUUACACUUUAUCCAUAUCAGAUUACCUCAGAAGGCUCAAGAGAAGGACUGACUGAAGCUCCCAUGAACCGCUUCAACACCCACUCUCCUGCACACACAAAUUCAUCAUCGCGCACUAACUCCCCAUCAAACACUCCAGUCGCAACUAUCCCAGCACCCUCUGCCACCUCAGCUGCUGCCUCCUUCUUUGCCAGAGCUGCUCAGAAAUUGAGCUUAGCAUCAAAAAAGAAGAAGCAGAAGACGGCUGCAGUCAUAGCUCCAGUGACAGCAUCUCCCCCACCAUGUGACCCUCCGCUGUUCCCCACAAAUUUCAGCUCUGCUUUGCUGCUGGCCCCUCCCCCAGCUCCACCAUGCCUUCUGCGAGCGGCCAACAAAAUCAAGGACACACCUGGACUUGGAAAGGUCAAAGUGAUGGUCCGGGUGUGUCCAGUGUCUCAUUCGGAUGCAGCAGAGUCCAGUUCCUUCCUGAAAGUGGACACCAGGAAAAAACAAAUCACCAUCAUGGAUCCAUCAGCAAAUCAGCCGCUAAAUGCUGCUUCCCAGAAACGAGCAGGAGCCAAUCAAGUCCCACCAAAGAUCUUCACCUUUGAUGCUGCAUUCCCUCCUGAUGCAUCGCAGGCCGAGGUAUGUGCUGGAACAGUUGCCGAGGUGAUUCAGUCGGUGGUGAAUGGAGCUGAUGGAUGCGUGUUCUGCUUUGGGCACUCCAAAUUGGGAAAAUCCUACACGAUGAUUGGCCGUGAUGACUCGUUGCAGACUCUGGGUAUAAUCCCUUGUGCCAUCUCCUGGCUUUUCAAACUCAUCAAUGAGAGAAAGGAAAAAACAGGAGCACGCUUUUCUGUUCGGGUGUCUGCUGUCGAGGUUUGGGGGAAGGAGGAGAAUCUGAAGGACUUGCUGUCUGAGGUGGCAACAGGCAGUUUGCAAGAUGGACAGUCACCUGGAGUCUACCUUUGUGAGGACCCCAUCUGUGGCAUGCAGCUUCAAAACCAGUCUGAACUCCGCGCUCCAACCCCUGAAAAGGCCGCGUGGCUCCUGGACGCGGCCAUAGCGGCUCGCCACAGCAGCCAGCGCCCAAACACCACAGAGGAGGAGCACAGGAACUCUCACAUGCUGUUUACUUUACACAUUUACCAGUACCGCAUGGAAAAGACAGGCAAAGGAGGGAUGUCGGGAGGCCGGAGUCGCCUCCACCUGCUGGAUCUGGGCAGCUGUGAUGUUAAAGAGCUCGGGGGUGGAGGAGGAGGAGGCGGUGGCAAAAACAGGGAGAACUCCUCACCCAGCUCGGCUCCGCUGUGUUUGUCGCUGUCUGCGCUGGGCAACGUCAUCCUGGCUCUGGUUAACGGGAGCAAACACAUCCCAUACAAGGACAGCAAGCUGACCAUGUUGCUUAGGGAGUCGCUAGGCAACAUGAACUGCCGGACCACCAUGAUUGCUCACAUCUCUGUCUUACCCAGAGAUUUCUCAGAAACCCUUUCCACCAUCCAAAUUGCGUCUCGUGUUCUCCGCAUGAAAAAGAAGAAAACUAAAGUCACGGUGCAAUACACUUCCAGCUCCUCAGGAGGAGAAAGUUCUUGUGAGGAGGGUCGCAUGCGUCGUCCCACCCACCUGCGACCCUUCCAUCACCGUGGCGACACCGACUCUGACCUACCGCUGCUGAAGCUGUCCAGUGACCCUGAGGAAUACUCCAGCAGUGAGCAGUCAUGCGACACAGUGAUUUACGUGGGCCCAAACGGUGCUGCAGUCUCGGACAGAGAGCUGACAGACAACGAGGGUCCGCCUGAAUUUGUACCGAUAAUUCCAGCUUUGCUUCGAGCAAAAACGUCAGAGCAGCAUCAGACACCCUCACAAAGUCCAGGAGCUGUAGUGCAGAACAAGUCUCAGCCAGACGAACAGCCCGGCAGCUCGUCUCAGCCACAGUCUCAGCCCUCUCAGUCACUGCUCGGUCAGCCGCUGGCCCCAGUUCCGGAGGAGGGGGCUGAAUGCCUGAAGUGUAACACCUUUGCUGAGCUUCAAGAGAGACUUGACUGCAUUGACGGAAGUGAGGAGGUGGCCAAAUUUCCUUUUGAAGAGAUUCCAGCCACCAAACAAGCAGAAAAACAGGAAUCAUGUCAUUCCUCCUCUGUUUCAAGCUCUGCUGUCAGUCCUGUAUCCGCAGAAGCGUUGGAUGCAGAAAUAAAAAACGAGCACAGCAGCAAUGACCAACAGCUGCAGGACAUUAAAGAGGUCGUAGAAAAGGCAGAGCUGGCCCAGACGAUGAUCCACAGCCUCGCCCAGACUGCUGGCACCCCCGUAGUUACAAGUACCAGGAGUGUGAUAGGAAGCAGCAGCCUCACUUCCAACCCCCUCCACAGGGCAUUGAACUCCCACUUAAAUGACAGCCUUGAGAAUCUGAAUGUAGGAGGGAAUACAGAUGGAAAGGGGCGCCCUCUUGGAUCGCCACGUCUGGGCAUUGCUAGCUUGACCAAAACCUCAGAAUACAGGCCUCCAUCAUCUCCAUCACAGCGAUGUAAGGUGUACACUCAGAAAGGAGUGAUGCCAGCUUCACCUUCGCUGUCGUCUCACACUCUGGUUCAAGAUGCCCAGCCUUCAGAUGCCAUAACCUCAGACAACAGUUUGGCUGCAGACAGUGGCCGGUCAUCCACAGAGUCUCUGCUGUCCAGGACUUCUCCUGCAGGCAUGAGCCCACAAAUCAGAGAUCCAACUGCCUCUUUGUCUGCCAGUCUGGGCUCAGCUGAGACACUCUGUGAUGAUGAUGUCCCACCCAUACCUUUGGACACACUCAAGGAGGUUUCAGGACCAGCAGUUUCAUCAUCUGGAGCUGUGUUUCUUGGAGAUGAUGAGUUGGUGCACACUGCAACUGCCAUGGGCAAUGAGGAGCUGGAUCUUACUGCUCUCGUUGAGGCUCAGAGUCUGUCCUGUCGUCCAAUAAGCAUCAUCAGCUUUAACAGCGAGUGUGGCUCAGAGGCUGCACUUGCUCCCGAGUCUCAGUCCAUCAGCAACAUGAGUGCUUCAGAUGGAGCUCUGGGGAAUUAUCCCGUGGACCCUGGUCCUGUCACAUCCUCAGGGGUUAAAGAGGUGGUUGCCAUGGCAGAGGUGGCAAUGGCCAAGUUGAGGACAGAAAGCGAAGCCUUUGGAACAGGGAUACCUUCCUGUGGUUCCUCCAUUACUUCCUGGAUGAGUGAUCUGAGCAUGAGCAGUGAAGCGGAUCAGUCUCUUCACAGCUUCAGCCAGUCCCGAAGUCAACAAGGGGAGGCGCUGGCUGAUCCUGAAUCCAGCCAAGACUUUGGAGUUGAUGGUUUGGUUAGCUAUCAAGGUGCAGAAGGUAUUAGAAGACGGAGUCUGGAGGGGGAAUUGACUCUGUCAGUGGACAUACCUGAGAAAGAUCAAGCAUCCAGAGACGGAUGUGGAAAAAUACCCUCAUCUAUGGCGACCACCAACAUCCAGAUUCUGUCACGCCCUGGAAACAUCUCUCCCUUCAAAAGCAGCAGCAAUGUUCAUCCAUGUAUGGCUGUCAAACCUAUGGUCAUAAAGGAGCCCACCAUCCUUUCAUCUUCACCAAAGACUGCUUUAACGAAAGGCAAAGUCAAGUCCAACGCAGCAUCGGUAGCUUCUAUUUCCAGUGAGAUGAGCUUUGAGGAUCCCUGGUUGAAACGUGGUGUGGAGCAGGAAACAUCCAGUGGGAUAGUAGUAUGCAACGUGAAACCAGAGAAGACUGAGGUGGACUCUUUAAAACCCCAGGAGGGAAACAGAAAUGGAAGUGAGAGUAUGGAUCAUCAAGGUUCUUGCAGGGAUGGUGUGGAUUGUGGCAACUCUGGUUCUGGCAGGGAAGUUUUCUCAUCUUCAGACUCCUUUAAAAGAGUGGUUGAUGGAUGUGAGAUGGUCACCACUGUUGCUCAAGGUGAAUGCUUUGCAAGUAGCUACAACCCAGAUGUCAACCGCACAGCUAGUCUUCCCCGUGGAUGGCACCGAAUCAAUCGUCAUGACGGCUUAGACUGUGGAAUGGAGUACCAGAACCUUGGUGUCACCACUUCAAACCCAUGUAGCCCCCGCGCCACGCUGGACCGCUGGAGUUCAAGCAGAAAGCAGGGAUUUUUUUCCCAUAAAAAGGGAGGAAUGCCACCGCUACCGCCAGUGCGAAAGUCCAGUUUAGACCAGAGGAACAGAGCAGUCAGCCCUCUUCCUCCAUCCAGUGUUUCGUCAUGGAGCAGCUCAGCAGAUGAUGCUGGGAUGCCUGGAUGUGAUUCUGCAGGAGUCAGUAGGCAGCGUGGCUCCAGCAUCGACAGCAGCAGACUUUUUAGCGCCAAGUUGGAACAGCUUGCCAACAGAACAAACUCUCUGGGGCGAGUCCACAGCUCACACAGUGGUUCCCACCACUACGAUUGCUUCUCCCUGGAGAGAGGUGAGAGCCUUAAAGGGGGAGGUGGGGUGAAGGGGGACACCACCAUGCCUCGGACUGGUCGCAGCAUCACCCGUGCUGCAUCUGUAUCGUCUCCCACUGGCAACCCCAGUAGCCCCACCUGCAGUGGCAGUGCCAGUCCAAGCAGCGCGCCACACUCACCCGCCAAGAGCAGUGGUAGCUCAAAGAUUUCGGCGGUCAACAAACUGCUCAUGACCGGCAACCCCAAGACCAGGAGCCUGUCUGCCUCCAGCACAAAGACUCUGAGCUUCUCUACCAAGUCUUUAAGCCAAACAAACAGUCGGAGCUCCAGUCUUCCACCUCAUGGAAAGCCACAGACCUCAGUCCAGGGUCCGGUGCAGCAGCAGGGACCUACUCCUGGAUCCUGGUCCACCCAAUCUCUGUGUCGCAGUCGAGGGGGGAGCCUGACAGCCAAGCUGCCUCUGCGCGCUGUCAACAGCAGAAUCUCAGAGCUCCUUCAAGGAAACGCAGGGUCCAGAUCCAGGCACCACAUCCAAGGAGGGAGCACAGAUUCAGCAGAGGAAAAGGGGGGAGGAACAAGUGGAGAUGGAGCAGGAGGGAAUGGCCAUGCAGAGGAAAGAGCUGCUGUGGUGCAAACCCUACCCUCCCCCUACAGCAAGAUAACUGCUCCAAGAAAACCACAUCGCUGCAGCAGCGGCCAUGCAAGCGACAACAGUAGUGUGCUGAGCGGUGAGCUGCCCCCAGCCAUGGGGAAGACGGCCUUGUUUUACCACAGUGGAGGCAGCAGCGGCUAUGAGAGCAUGCUGAGAGACAGCAGCGAGAACACAGGAAGCACUUCAUCUGCUCAAGAGUCCCUGAGCGAGCACAGCUCAGCCACCACCUCCUCCCGAAGGAGCUCCAAGAGCAGCAAGAAGAACAGGAGCAACAUAGGCCUUCAGCGUCGACGUCUCAUUCCGGCCCUGACGCUGGAUUCCUCCUCUUCGUCGACUCCUCAGCGUUCAGCCAAGCAGGCUGUCACCUCCUCUUCCUCUUCAUCCUCCAGCCAAGGUGCAUGUUGGGUAGAUGGCCCGCUCGGACCUCCUGCACCUUCAAACCUUCGGGGUGGGAGCAUGACGACAGAAACCUUUGAGAUCAAAGUGUAUGAGAUUGAUGACGUGGAGAGACUGCAGAAAAGGAAAGACAAAGGAGGAAGCAAGGAGCUGCUGCACGUCAGCCCCAAGUUUCGCCUGUUGGAGCACCGCCAGCAGCGAAUCGGUGAAGUCAGAGCCAAGUACCAGUGUCUGAAGAACGAGCUGGAGCAAACCAAACAGCACUUGAUGCUGGAGCCUCACAAAUGGAUCACUGAGUUUGAGUUACAGCAGCCAUAUGAGGUGGACUCGCUGGAGUAUUUGGAAGCUCUGCAAACAGUGACGGACAAACUGGAGAGCAGAGUUAACUUCUGCAAAGCUCACCUGAUGAUGAUUACCUGCUUUGAUGUUUCCUCGAGACAUCGAUAGACGGAGGGUCACCAGGAGAAGGACCGCUGGGCUCUGUCAGAUCUGGGAGUUAAGACACUUUGCCCGAUGGCAAUCAAACAUAAGUAAAAUAUCUUAUUUACAAAUGAUGGACUUCUAGAUUAUGGCAGAAGGGUAAAUUAAACCCAGAUAGAGUAAUCUUAAGGUGUUUACCUUAGACAUACAUUUAGUUUUGGGAAGAUUUAAAACCAAACUUUAGAUAAAAAAUAUUAAGUUAUUAGAGGAUAAAUACUUAGCAGACAUUUUUUAAAUAAUAGAAAAGACAUAAUAGAAAACAGAAGAAUCCAUUAGAUCUUUUUUUAUCUGUUACAAAAAGAAAUAUAAAAAAAAUAAUCUUUCAAGGCUGUCUUUUCUAUAUUUAUGCCCUAUAGGUAUUAAUUCUAAUGAUAAGUGUAAAAAUGAUAUUAAUAUCAUCAAACCAGAAAACAAAUUGAAAUACAAAGAUGUAUCAGAGUGAGCCGAUUCUUACGAAUGUAGAAAGGAAAUGAGGUAAGAAAUUGAAAAAAGGUUUGAAAACAAAAGAUGCAUGAAAAGAGGAAACCAAACAUCCUUUGUUAAUGGAAGAUUGUUGUAAAUACGGAAUGCUGACUACAGAAUGACAUGGUGUUGUUGAGCAGAGACUAAGAGAAAGCAGGAGAUCAGUUAUAUAAGUGCCUUGUGAACAUUUCAACAAUACUAUGAGCAGUUAUCUUUGUCUUACAUUUUUGUGAAAAGUAUGGUGCUAGAAUAGAAAAAAGAUGAAAGUAAAUAUCUUACUUAAAGUCAUUUUCUUCACGUGAUGUUUAAUGGUGGUUCAGUCUUUAUAUGAUUAAGAGUAAAAAAAAAAUAUCUGUUUAAAUUUGUGAUCAUAGGUCCAUCUAUACAAAACUCAAUGUAAAAAAGAGGAAAAAAUUGCAAAGUGCCAAUGAAAAAAAAAAGUAAAAAGAAUUUUUAAGACGGAACGCACAGGAAAAACAGCUAUAAAGGCAAUUUUUUUUAUCUGUUUUUUUUAAUAGCAUUUCUAAUUCUUUUAUUUCAAAAAUGUGAAUUUGGACCUUCUGGUUCUGAUAGGACCUUGUGUGGUUUUUUUUUCCUUUCAUGCACAUGUGAUGACUAUUUCCCCAAAACAAUGGACUGACAGGAAUGACAGCAAAAUGGUUUUUCUAUGAUCGAGCAUUAUGUUGACUGGCUGCCUGAUCACAGGUAGAUCACCUCAUCUUUGUAUCUUGUUUUCAAUUUUAGAAAGAAAUGAAAUUUGUUAAGGGUGUGUUUAUAUAAAAAGAGUCAUUUUUUUAGUUCAAUGAACAGAAGAAAAUUAGAAUCAGCAUAAAGCAGCAUCUCUCCUAAUAGACAAAACAUUUAAAGAACUAAGAGAGGAGCAUUUUCUUUUAAGAAUUUUAAAUAUUGCAAUAUAAAGAAUACUGAUCAGUAUUAAAUGCAGAGAUCUCUGUCUAGCUUCAUUUGCUUCAAAUGGCUGUUUUGAAAUACUUUCAAAUUUGUUAAUACUACUAUCUAUGGUGCUUGAGAUGAUUUAUUUUAGAGUCUUCUCCGAUGUCAGAUAGGCACAUAAACAGUUCACUAACAUUCAAAUUCAGAAUUUUGUACAUGGCUGUUUUUGUGUAAUUUCAUAGAAUAACAGUUGAAAAAGUGGAAAAACGCUGAUCUUUGGAUUUGACAGAGGUGUUGAGAGGAAUGAAUUUUUUCCUGCACGAACUCUGUCUCGUUUCACCAGACUGACAUCAAAAGUGGUUGUGGGGGGUAAAAAAAGGUAUUACAAACCAUCUGUUUUGCUGAUCUGGAAAGGAAGUAGCCAAGAAACAAGAAUCUUUUGUCAAACUGGACUCAUCAAAUAUGGAGGAAGGAUUGGAAGAGCAGAAAAAAGCUCAGCGUCCCAGACUGGAAUAACAGUUUAAUUCAUCUCAAGGGAACCAAGUCGUUGGUUUAUGUUCAUAUUUAUCUACACCUUAUGGUCUUUAAAGUUUACUAUGCAUAAAAAACAACUGUACAUAUUUUGCUGAGUCUAUGUCAUAUUUUAAUAUACAUAUUGAACAUGUACACAUAUCAUACAUGUGCUCUUCUUGUUUCGGGGGUUUCAUUUGCUGUUGUUGCUGUCCUGGUUGGUUUUAAUGAGAAUGGGUUUGUUAAACAUUCAUGUGGUUUAUCUAAGCAAGUCAUGUUAUUUAUUUUCUUUAGACUAAAAUGCAUGCAUGAAUAAGAAAAAAAAGAUUUUGCAAAAUGUACAUCUGCUUCAACAAAUUUGAAUUUGAACAUGGCCAGAUGUCAUUUUUCUAGUGGUACAUUUGAUAUACAAAAAAAAAAGUGUUUUCAGACUGAGCGAGUAUCUAGUAAUGCCUGCAGUUUCAAAAAGUGCACAUUUCUAUUAAACCUCUUGAAUUUCCAUCUGGUGGCCCUUUCCAAUCUCAGCGUGACUACUGGAUCAGAGAUAAUAUUUAAUAAAAAAAAUAAAAAUACAAUUUCCAACAGUACAUUUCAAACUAAAUUAGAGUAAUGGAUAUUAAAAAGAUGACUAAGUCUUAGUCAUCUUUUCCUCAAAGUAGCAUUUUGGUAUCAGUCUUAACAUCAGUCUUGUAAAGUUAACGCUUAUUUUGGAAACCCAAACCUCUGGAUAAGUAUAAAGCUCGCACAUGGUGAUGCAGAGUGGGGGAUUUUUUUGUUCUGACAUGUCACUGCCAGUCUUUUGUCUUAUUGCUUUAUAACUCCAGCAAUAAUUAUAAGUCACACAAGGUGUCGGCGUCUUUGUGAUUAUUGUACCAGGCCAAUCUAAGAAACCCAUGUAACGCAUGUGGAAUGUUUUAAAGCCAAAUACUGUCAGUGAAGAGAGGCUGCAGAGCAAACACAGACAUGUUUUGACUAAGUAACGUUAGGUAAAAUGUUUUGCAGAAAUAUUCAGGAAUGACAAAAUCUGGACCUCCAUAGAUUGUAUUGUGACGUCUUGGGGAUUGUGUGACAGUCUAUGACAAACCCCAUUUAGCCAAAAAAAGAUGUGGUGAAGGUGUGGGGGAUUUGAUCUUUCAAAAUCUGUUAAAUGAUGUACUGUUAACGAGUACUCUUGAGAAUUUUUAUGUGACAACAGAGAAAAUAAGAUGCCAUGAGGUUGAAUUUUGUCUAAAUUUUUGUUCCCGCGUUGAUUACGAUCACGCUGUUUAUGAUUUCUUCACUGGUUUUGCAAAAUGUGCUCUGAAACUGGUGUUGAUGAAAACUGAGAUGGAGGGAUGUAAAUAAAGGAAUGUAUUGAAAAUUUAA